CGAUAGGUUAGCACAACAUGUAUUGAUUAUUUUAGUUUUUAAUGGUGAUUUGUUAAGAAAAAAUGAAACCAAUAACUAGUUGCUUAACAUAGCUGCGGAGGGAUGUAUCCUUUAAGUGUCCUUACCCGAAACUAGUGAGCAACAGCUCAAGCUAACGGUUUUUUAUUAGCUUCAGUUAGCCGAGUUAGCAGAGUUACUUAAACUGUCAGGCGGCUACUUCUACCAAAACAACAACGUUGUUUCAGCGUUUUAAAAAGCGACACCAUGGCUAAUCUAGAGCAGUGGGUGAAUGACCGUCUCCAUGACAUCCUCGGGUUGAGUGACAGAUAUGUGUCUCAAUUCAUGAUUGGCACUGCACGGAAAGCAUCGAGUCCUCAAGACUUUGUGACCCGUCUCGAACAGACGGGCACGAUUGACAUUGAGCCGAGUGUUGUUGCCUUUGCAGAAGAGCUGUUUAAUAAGAUUCCUCGCAAGCAGGUUGUUGAGAAACCAGCCCGAGCGAUGGAGCGGGAAGCCAUCGAAAUGGACAGGAAGAAUAGGACGUACACUUUACUGGAGGACAGCGACAGUGAUGGAGGCGCCGUGAUGGAGAAGCAGAAAGGGAAAAAGAAAAGCAAGGACAAAGACAGAGGAAACAAGAGGAAGCACAUCAGACGGAAGAAAGAGAGCGAGUCGUCAAGUGAGGAUGAAGCACUUAAAAGGGGCAGUUCAGGUCAAGGGGAUCACAAGGCCGUCAAGAAGGAAGAGGAGGAAGAGGAAGAGUGGGAGAAGGAAGAGAGAGAGCGACAGCAGGACAUCGAAGAGAGAGAUGCGUUUGCCGAGCGAGUGAAGCAGAAAGACAAAGACAAGACCCGCAACAUAGCAGAGAGGACCGACAAAAAGGCCUAUGAGGAAGCUCAGAAGAGGCUAAAGAUGGCUGAAGAGGAUCAGAAGAACAUGUUGCCAGAGUUGAGGAAGCGUUCUCGCUGGGAUUAUCUGAAGAAGAGAGAGGCUGAGAAGCUGGAGGACCUGGAGGCGGAGAUCAAUGAUGAUGAAUACCUUUUCCACACAGAUGAGCUGACUGAGAGGGAGAAAAAGGAUUUAGAAUACAAACGAAACCUUCGGGACUUGGCCAAAGAUUACAAAAAGGCCGGCGCCAAGGAACAGGAGGAGAGGAAGAACAGAUACUACAUGCCAGAGGAGAAGAGAAGCAAGGAGGUGCCGCAGAGGGACCUGGAGCUGGAGGAAACUCCCAUGGAGCUGGGAGGAGAGCAAGGCCGCUGGGAGGAGGAGAGGCUGAAGACGGCCUCACUCAGCUUCGGGGCCAAGAGGGAGCGAGAGUUAGGGAUGAGGCAGGAGCAGGAGAAGUACCAGCUGAUCCUGGAGGAGGACGAGAUGAUCGACUUUGUCAGCACUGCCAUGACCAUGAAGGGAACCCGGACGGAGAAGGAUCAGGAGGCCCAGGCUCUGUCCCAGGCAGAGAAGAGGAAACAGUCCAUGCAGGAGGUGCGACGCAGCCUGCCCAUCUUCCCCUACAGAGAGGACCUGCUGGCUGCCAUCAACGAGCACCAGAUCCUCGUCAUAGAAGGGGAGACGGGCUCCGGAAAGACCACCCAGAUCCCACAGUACCUCCUGGAAGAUGGCUACACAAAAGGAGGCAUGAAGAUCGGGUGUACGCAGCCUCGCAGAGUCGCAGCCAUGUCGGUGGCAGCCAGAGUGGCGCAGGAAAUGAGCGUCAAGCUUGGGAAUGAGGUGGGUUACAGUAUUCGUUUCGAGGACUGCACAUCAGAGAGAACGGUUCUCAAGUACAUGACAGACGGCAUGCUGCUCCGAGAGUUUCUCACCGAGCCUGACCUGGCCAGCUACAGUGUGAUCAUCAUAGACGAAGCCCACGAGCGAACGCUCCACACGGACAUCCUGUUCGGCUUGAUUAAAGACAUCGCCAGGUUCAGAUCAGACCUGAAGGUGCUGGUGGCCAGCGCCACUCUGGACACCGAACGCUUCUCCUGCUUCUUUGACGACGCUCCUGUUUUCAGGAUCCCCGGCAGGAGGUUCCCCGUCGAUAUCUUCUACACUAAAGCUCCAGAGGCAGACUACCUGGAAGCUUGUGUGGUGUCGGUGCUACAGAUCCACGUCACACAGUCUCCUGGAGACAUUCUGGUCUUCCUCACUGGACAGGAGGAGAUCGAAGCGUGUUGCGAGCUGCUGCAGGAGAGAUGCAGGCGACUUGGAUCUAAGAUAGCAGAGCUGCUGGUCCUUCCAAUCUACGCCAACCUGCCGUCAGACAUGCAGGCCAAAAUCUUCAACCCUACUCCACCUGGAGCGCGUAAGGUGGUGGUUGCCACCAAUAUAGCAGAAACCUCGCUGACCAUAGAUGGCAUCAUCUACGUCAUUGACCCGGGCUUCUGCAAACAGAAGAGUUACAACGCUCGCACCGGCAUGGAGUCGCUCAUUGUUACACCCUGCUCACGGGCUUCGGCCAACCAGAGAGCAGGCCGUGCAGGCAGAGUGGCUGCUGGGAAAUGUUUCAGGCUUUACACAGCCUGGGCCUUUAAACACGAGAUGGAGGAAACGACCGUUCCCGAGAUUCAGCGGACCAACUUAGGGAAUGUCGUCCUGCUGCUGAAGAGUUUAGGCAUCAAUGAUCUGAUUCACUUUGACUUCAUGGACCCACCUCCUCAUGAGACUCUGGUUUUAGCACUGGAGCAGCUCUACGCUCUGGGAGCGCUCAACCACCUGGGAGAGCUCACCAAGCUGGGUCGCAGGAUGGCUGAGCUACCGGUGGACCCCAUGUUGAGCAAGAUGAUCCUGGCCUCCGAGCAGUAUAAGUGUUCUGAGGAAGUGUUAACGAUAGCGGCCAUGCUGUCUGUGAACAACUCUAUUUUCUACCGACCCAAAGACAAAGUGGUGCACGCCGACAACGCCAGGAUGAACUUUGUGGUUCCAGGAGGAGACCACUUAGUGCUGCUCAACGUCUACACACAGUGGGUGGAAAGCGGUUACUCCACACAGUGGUGCUACGAGAACUUCAUCCAGUUUCGCUCCAUGAGAAGAGCCCGGGACGUCAGGGACCAGCUGGAGGGUCUGAUGGACCGUAUUGAGGUGGAGGUGGUCAGUUCUCAAGGAGACAGUUUGCCUAUUCGUAAGGCGGUGACGGCUGGAUAUUUCUAUCACACGGCUCGACUGAGCAAAGGCGGCUACAAGACAGUGAAACACCAGCAGACGGUGUACGUCCACCCCAACAGCUCUCUGUUCGAGGAGCAGCCCCGCUGGCUCAUCUACCACGAACUGGUCUUCACCACCAAGGAGUUCAUGAGACAGGUGAUUGAGAUCGAUAGCAGCUGGCUGCUCGAAGUGGCUCCUCACUACUACAAGAGCAAAGAGCUGGAGGACAGCAGCAGCAAGAAGAUGCCUCGCAAGCAGGGAAAAACGAAAGAGGAGCUGGGCUGAGGAGAGGGCCGAUGGAGAAAAUAAAAAGAGCAGAGGAGCACUCUAAACCUCUCAGGGCACACGUAGGAAAAUGACUUUAAAGGUUUGAAAAUUGCAUAAAAACACAGGAAACUUGUUGCAGCUACAUGACUCCAGCCAGUCUACACGCGUUUGUCUUUGGUUGUUUUCUGCUGUAGUUUGAUUAACACAAAUGCACCUCUGAAACCUGCAUUUCCUCCAUCAGCAGCAGCAGCAGCGCUGACUCACUGGGUGGGUUUUUUAUAGCUCAUCAAAGAAUGUGGGACUUGGUUUGCUUUAGAGCGUUUGUUGACUUUGCCUAAAUAGAGGUGCUUUGUCAAAAUGUAGCACACUUUGUAAGUGUGUCAAAGACUCGUACUGUGGAUUCUCCACAAAACUGAAAAGACUCAUUUCCAAAUAAUGAGUUUCACACACGUGUGAGGCUCCUUAUCUUGUUUAUUUUCUUUCUUUUUUUACGGUAAUAAAGUUUUACAACUGCU